AGGCCCGGCUGCUCAGCGGGUCAGUUUUUGGUAUUAGGUUCGGUGAAUCCGGGUCGAAUCGGAGCCAUCAGAACCGCAAACAUGACGGUGGGGAAGAGCAGCAAGAUGCUGCAGCACAUCGACUUCAGGAUGAGGUGCAUCCUGCAGGACGGCCGCAUCUUCAUCGGAACCUUCAAGGCCUUCGACAAACACAUGAACCUCAUCCUGUGCGACUGCGACGAGUUCCGCAAGAUCAAGCCAAAGAACUCGAAGCAGCCGGAGCGCGAGGAGAAGCGGGUUCUGGGUCUGGUUCUGCUGCGGGGGGAGAACCUGGUUUCCAUGACGGUGGAAGGCCCGCCCCCCAAAGAUACUGGGAUCGCCCGGGUUCCCCUGGCGGGUGUGGCCGGCGGGCCGGGUGUGGGCCGCGCCGCGGGUCGGGGUGUCCCGGCCGGGGCGCCGAUGCCUCAGGCACCGGCUGGACUGGCGGGGCCGGUCCGAGGAGUGGGCGGGCCUUCCCAGCAGGUGAUGACGCCGCAGGGCAGAGGCACAGUUGCCGCGGCAGCAGCAGGCGCCAGCAUUGCUGGCGCCCCGACGCAGUACCCCCCCGGGCGGGGAGCCCCGCCCCCUAUGGCCCGAGCCGCGCCCCCUCCAGGUAUGAUGGGCCCGCCUCCUGGCAUGCGGCCCCCUAUGGGCCCCCCGAUGGGAAUGCCACCCGGUCCGGGCCGCGGCGCCCCAAUGGGAAUGCCGCCUCCCGGCAUGAGGCCGCCACCCCCUGGGAUGAGAGGACCGCCCCCUCCAGGGAUGAGGCCGCCGCCCAGGCCAUGAAGAACCUCCACCCCCUCAGACACCUGUUGUAUAGAUGUUUUUUGUUACUUUUUAAUAAAGUUUUCUCAGUUUGAAUUUCUCUGCUUUGUUUGAACUGUUUCCAUGGUAACAAGGAACGUCACGUGAACUGAUUUUAAAUUCCUGGAAAACUCGAUGGAGAGAAAACCUCUGGAAGUUUCAUAGAAAUGAUUGAGUUCAUAAGACUGACAUAACACCCAUCAUGAACAUAAAGAAAUCUUCAAGGAUGUUUACUGCUGUCAUGAAGUGUCGUUUGGUUAUUGACAUUUUAAGGCAAAGUUCUAUUAAAAUUUGCAUUAAAAGUGUCAUUAUUUACCGAG